CCUGCUGUAACCGCCCUCGUCCCCGGAAGAUCGCGUCCUAGAGCCAGUCGUUGCUUGUCAUUUGUACGGGCUCCAAAUAAAGUUUUCUCAUUCAAAAAAAUUUUUUUUGAAGUCACACGGCUUCCUUUUUCAGCUCCUCCUCCGCAGCAGAAGCGCUUCAGUUCCUGCGGCCGGUGAGACCCGGGCGUUGGGGCUGCGCGCGCGGGACGGCAUGGCGAAGCCUCCGGCGUCUCUCUCGGGACAGGACGUAGGAUCAUUUGCGUAUCUUACAAUUAAAGACAGAACACCACAGAUCUUAACUAAGGCUAUUGAUACAUUACAUCGACAUAAAAGUGAAUUUUUUGAGAAAUACGGAGAGCCAGGCGUGGAAGCUGAAAAGAAAGCUAUCUCACUUCUUUCUAAGUUACGGAAUGAAUUGCAAACAGAUAAACCAAUUAUCCCCUUGGUUGAGAAAUUUGUUGAUACUGACAUAUGGAAUCAGUACCUAGAAUAUCAUCAAAGUCUUCUAAAUGAAAGUGAUGAAAAGCCAAGGUGGUUCUACUCACCAUGGUUGCUUGUAGAAUGCUACAUGUAUCGUAGAAUUCAUGAAGCAAUUAUCCAGAGUCCACCUAUUGAUGACUUUGAUGUAUUUAAAGAAUCAAAAGACCAAAAUUUCUUCGAGUCACAGGAAUCUGUCCUUGCUUUAUGUACUUACCUGCAAGAGCUGGUGAGAACUAUUGAAGAUCUAGAUGAAAACCAGCUGAAAAAUGAGUUUUUUAAACUUCUGCAGGAAACUUAUGAUCAUCUUCUGGAUGUCCAGGUUACUCGGGAGCAAUUAAACCACCAUCGGAACUUGGCUGAAAAUGCUCGAAGUGAACUUGCAGCAACGUUGGUCAAAUUUGAAUGUGCUCAGUCUGAGCUUCGAGACCUCCGAUCCAAGAUGCUUUCUAAAGAAGUGUCCUGUCAAGAGCUGAAGGCUGAAAUGGAGAGCUAUAAAGAAAACAGUGCCAGAAAAUCAUCUCUCCUCACCUCUUUGAGAGACAGAGUUCAGGAGUUAGAAGAAGAAUCAGCAGCACUUUCCAAUUCUAAAAUCAGAACAGAAAUCACAGCUCACUCUGCAAUCAAGGACAACCAGGAAUUAAAGAAGAAAAUUGUAGAACUAGACGAAAAAUUACAAGAGUGUUCAAAGGAAAAUGAGGAGAAUAAGAAACAAAUCUCAAAGAACUUCAGGAAACAUGAGGAAUUUCUAUCUCAACUUUGUGACUGUCUGGAUCCAGAAAAGAAGAAUGAAAAGGCAUCAGAAGAAGAUUUAAUUUUAAAGCUCAGAGAGCUGUGCAAAGAAAAUGCCUCCAUGAAAGGACAGAUUGUUACUCUUGAAGAGACUAUAAAUGUCCAUGAGAUGGAGGCAAAAGCCAGCAGAGAAACGAUCAGGAGGCUGGCUUCAGAAGUCAACAGAGAGCAGAGAAAAGCUGCCUCCUGCGCUGAAGAGAAAGGCCAGCUGAACCAGGACUUGCUCAGUGCUGUAGAAGCAAAAGAAGCUCUUGAAAGGGAAGUUAAGAUCUUACAAGAGAGGCUGCUUGCUGGCCAGCGGGUCUGGGAUGCCACCAAGCAGGAGCUGAGCUUGCUGAAGAAAAGCUCCGAUGAGAUGGAGAAGAAUUUGAAGGCCAGUCUGGAUGCAGCCACAGCCUCGCAAAGCCAGUACUUCUCAUUUAGGGAGAAAAUGGCAGCCCUCCUCAGGGACAGAGUGGGCAAAACUGUGUCCACAGACGAUGCCAUUUUGAAGAGGAUUCAAGAAAUGGGCAGCCGAGAAGAAAGCAGGGAUAGGAUGGUCUCCCAGCUUGAAGCCCAAAUAUCUGAGCUUGUUGAACAGUUGGAACAAGAGUCUGGUUUAUACCAGAAAGCUCUCCAGAGGGCCCAGAAAGCAGAGAACGACUUGGAGACUCUUCAGGGUCAGCUAACAUACCUAGAGGGAGAGCUGGUUUCUAGAGAUGUUUUGCAAGACAACUCGAAUACUGAAAAACAAAAAUAUCUUAAAUUUCUAGAUCAGCUUUCAGAAAAAAUGAAGUUGGACCAGAUGGCUGCUGAACUUGGCUUUGACAUGCGCCUGGACGUGGUUUUAGCUCGCACAGAGCAGCUGGUUCGCCUUGAGAGCAAAGCAGUCAUUGAAAGCAAGACCACUGCCUACAAUCUGCAGAGAAAGCUAAAAACUCAGAAAGAAAGACUGGAGGGCAGAGAACUGCACAUGAACCUCCUCCGGCAGAAAAUAGCCCAGCUGGAGGAGGAGAAGCAGGUGCGCACAGCCUUGGCCGUGGAGAGGGAUGAGGCACACCUCACCACCAGGAAGUUACAGAAACAGGUGGAGAGGUUGCAGAGGGAGCUGAAAGAAUGUCGGGAAUUGAACACUGAGCUUAAAGCCAAACUGGCUGACACCAAUGAGCUUAAGAUUAAAACUUUGGAACAGACCAAAACUAUUGAAGAUCUAAAUAAAUCCAGAGAGAAGCUGGAGAAGAUGAAGGAGAAAGCUGAGAAAAAGAUAAAAUCUAUCAAGUCAGAACUGGAUACUACAGAACAUGAGGCUAAGGAGAAUAAAGAAAGGGCCAGAAACAUGUUAGAAGUGGUAACCAGUGAAAUGAAGACACUAAAAAAAUCUCUGGAAGAAGCAGAAAAGAGAGAAAAGCAGCUGGUGGACUUCAGAGAGGUGGUGUCGCAGAUGCUGGGCUUGAAUGUGACCAAUCUUGUUCUUCCUGAUUAUGAAAUUGUCAAGUGUCUUGAAAGACUGAUCCAUUCACAUCAGCAUCACUUUGUCACCUGUGCCUGCCUCAAAGAUGUGACUUCCGGGCAAGAUAGGUACCCACGAGGCCACUCAGAACUUCUUCACUGAACACAGCAUCUCCUGAAACUGUUCCGCGGCUGUUCCUCUGUGAAUCGUGCCUCCUGGUAUCGUCGCCCUUGUGUGUUCCUUCCUCCACCCACACUGACUCUGAAUUUGGCCGUGUGACUUUCUUUGGGCGAUGGGACAUCAGCAAGUGUGCUCCAGGCAGAGGUUUGGUGGGCAACGGUGCACUGGGACUUGCCCUCUUGGAACACAGAUGCUGCACAGGAAGAGCAGACCAGGUUCGUCUUCUCAAAGAGAGGCCUCAAGACCACCUGCAGAGAGAGGCCCAGUGGGGCCCAACCCUGAGCCAACUUUCCAGCUGAAUGCAACCACACUGGGGAGUCCAGUUUUGAACAGAACUACCUGGUCAACCCACAGAAUCAUGAGCAAUAAUAUAUCAUUGUUGUCUUUAAGCACAGAUUUUUGGGGAUGGUUUACUAUGGAGCAAUAGAUGACUGAAAUACUCUCCAUAAUGUCUGGGUAAUACUGUACGUGUAAGAUAUAACCUUACACCAGAGUACAGCUGUGGGGAAAGAGAGGCGCUUUCGAAGAGCUCAAAGUUGCACGGCUGCAUCGGGCCCACAUCUUGUUGCCAGGUUCCUUCGGAACACACCCAGGGAGCUGCCAGGUCUCCCACCCCAUGGGAAAGCCAGCACCCGGGGCUGUUGGCUUAUGGAAACAUGAAAGAAACCCACACAGGCACUCAACUGCCUUGCCACAGUAAUUGCCACUCACAUUUCUGUUGGCCAACAAAACCAGUGUUUACAACAGAAAAACAAGAUGAUUUAUAUUUGUAGAAAUAAAUGUUUUAUUUGGAAAAUGUCAGUGCCAGUUGCACCCUAAUGGUGUUUUUCCAAAACAUGUGGUUAGUAAGAAGAGCAGAGAAGGGAUUUGGGUUAUUUUAAAAGAGCUCUAAGAGGUUGCCGAAACGAUACUGAACUUUGUUGUAUUUGAAAGGAUGCGGGCCUGUUUGCCUUGUGGCUGCUGAAUAAAUGUGACACAAAGCCUGCUCCUGGUCCCCGGGAUGGCACAGGCCCUCGCACCCACCCUGCUGUGUCCCACCGACUCGGUUUCCAUUUCCUGAAUUGCUUUCUCUUCCUUGUGUUAGACAAAAUGAAUUGAAUGGUUUAGAAAUUAGAGAAGAUUAUAAAUCUUUCAGGGGGAAAUACCUUUAAUCAAUGACUAGGAGAAUAGAAUAAAUAAAACAAAAAAAAUCAAUUUGGAACAGACAGUUUUUUUCAUGGGCUUUAUAUUUUGAAGCAGUUUUAGGUUUGCAGCAAAAUCAAGAGAUUGCACAGAGAUUUCCCACAUGCUCCCUCGGCCACGUACACACAGCCUCUCCUGUAGUAGAGAGGUGCCUUUGUUACCAUCAGUGAGCCUACCCUGACGCACGACACUACAGUUUACAUCAGGGUUCAUUCACUCUUGGUGUUCGAUAGUCUAUGAAUUUUGGCAAAGUUUAAUGACAUCUAUCCACCAUUACAGGGUCAUGUGGUUUCAUUGCUCUCAAAAUGCGUGCUCUGUCUCAUCCCCCUUCCUCCCCUCCUACUCCCUGGCAACCCUGCGUCCUAUUACUCUCUCUACAGGCUUGCCUUUUGCGGAUUGUCAUGUAAUUGGACUCACACCUAUGUGGCUUUUUCUGAUUGGCUUCUUUCGCUUACUCGUAUGCAUUUAGGGAUCCUUCAUGUCUUUUCGUGGAUUGGUAGCUAAAUAUAUUGCACCCUUUACUUAUCCAUCCCCCAUUGCAGGCCAUCUCAAACCUGCUUCCUAGGUUUGGUAAUUAUAAAUAAAGCUACUAUAGACAUUAGCAUGCAGUUUUCUUGUGGACAUUCAGUUUUAACUCAUGUGAGUAAAUACAGGAACAUGAUUGCUGGAUCCUAUGGUAAGAGUAUAUUUAGUUUUAGUUUUAUAAAAAACUGCCAAACUGUUUUCCAAAAGGACAUUCCCACCAUCAAUGAAUGAGAGUUCUUGUCCCACAUCCUCCCCAGUAUUUGGAGAGCUUUUGGAUUUUGACCACGCUCAGAGAUAUACAUUUGCAUCUUAUUAUUGUUUUAAUUUGUAAUAUUCUCAUCAUGUAUGAUGUUGAUCAUCUUUCUAUACACUCAUUUGCUAUCUGUGUAUCAUUUUUAGUGAAGUGCCUGUUCCAAUCUUUCACUCAUUUUUAAAUUGGAUUUUUUAAAUUGUUGACUUUUAAGAGUGCUUUGUGUAUUUUAGAUAAGUCUGUUAUCAGAUACGGCUUCUGCAAAUAUUUCCUCCCAGAACAGUUUUUUAAAGGUAAUAUUUGACAUAUGUAAAUUAAUCUUAGUAUGGUAUAAAUAAAAUCUAAUUUUUAAAAAGGAAUAAAUGGGAAUAUUUUAGCUAUCUUGAGCAAAUUUUUGAGACAGGAUUUGUUGAAUUGCUGAUUCUUUAACAAAUUGAUUAUUUUACAUAAAAAAUGACUACAGUAAAGUUGCUUUGUGAGUUACAAAAAUGUAUUUAGGAAAAUUACCAAAGCAUGUAUAAUCCAGUAGAGCCUGAGAAAUACUGUUGUGUUCCUUCCAUCUCAUUGCAUUAUAGUUAUUUGUGUGUCUGUUUCCCUUGCUAUGUGGUAAGCUCCUGAGCUGUAGUACCUUUCUGAUAUUUGAGACUUUGCUGAAUCUGGGACAAGAUAUAGCAGACUCUCAAUAAAUGUUUCUCAAGUCAAUAAAUAUAUGGUAUGAAUAAUAAAUGAUCUAAAAAUAUUCUAAAGUUUUUAUGAAACUGAAUUUAUCAGAAAUGAUCUCAAGUGUUAUUCGAUGGCCAGCUUGCAUCACUAACACACCCGAGGCCACAUUACAUAGUGCUCAAAGCUUGGGCUUUGACAUCAGAGAGACCCAACUCUGAGUUCUGAUUCAUCGCUUUCAAGUCGUAUGAUCUUGGGCAAAUUAUCUUCCUAAAUCCUCUGCUUCCCAGGUGUACAAUGGCAGCAUAAGUAAGGUCUGUCUCAGGGGCUAUGGUAGUUGUGAGGACUGACUAAGA